CGUACCCUAAUGCAUAUUAAAGUUGUUUAGAAUAGAAUGUAUAUGUAUAUUUAUGUACUGUAUCUGUAUUGAAAGUUUAUUAACUAGAUUUUGUAGAAUAAAGUGAUAUUAAAAUUAUAAAAUGUAUGAUUAAAAAAACAUUGUUUGUUUUGUUAUCGACUACAAAUCACAAAAAGUCAUAUAGAUUUUGGAUAAAUAAUUGAUAAUGAAAACGUAACGGAUACAUAAACAUCGAACUGUUUGUUUUACCGCUGCUUUAGAGCCUAGCAUCAUUACAUUACAUCAUUGAAAAACCUCUCACGGACAGUUAAAAUGUUGGCAUAUGAGUGAAUUGUUAGUCGUGUCAGCAUUCAGUACAGCUAAGCAAAUUAUUUUCUACAUUCAUUUUUAACAUUUAUACGUAUUUUUGCUUACAGUGAGUUUGAUAAAAUAAUUUUAAAACAAAGAGUUUUUUUUCUAACUUCAUGAGUCAGUGUAAGUGAUGCUCUCAAAUUCAACUCCAAAACAAAAUGUGGAUUCUUCAACAGUGAAAAGCCAAGUACGUUUAGUGAAAGGAUCAAAACCAUUAAUCAGAUUUAAAUUUUAUUUGGAUAUUAAAAAUCAUGUUAUUUGUUCAAAAAUUGAAGCGAAAAUUAAAGAACUUGGCGGUGAAAUCGAUUAUUUUCUGGUAAAAGAAGUUACACAUGUUGUAUCGGAUAAAAACUAUUCAUGUGCUGGAGACAAAUCGUCGGUUUUAACCCCAAAAACUCCACAGACGCCAAGGUCAUCCACAUUGCUAUCAAAUGAUUCAACAACAUCAGCCGUGGAAUCUCCUUUUACACCAUCGGAUUCCCAAAGAAAAAAACCUAAAAGUCGUGCAGAUGCAAUGCUUGAAAGAGCUCGAUUACAGUCAACAAAUAAAACAGCUGUUAAUCCACUUGAAAAUGCUCGAAUUUGGGGUAUUCCUAUAUGGUCAGUAGAAAAGAUUUUAAAUUGGUUAGAAAAAGUUGCUGCAUCAAUUUUACAAAAAUCCGAUGAUUUAUCAACAUUAAAGAAGAAAUCCAAGUUAAAAUCUACUGUUAAAGUUGAAGAUUUAAAACCACCCUUUAUUAAAUUUGAACCCUAUUCAAGGGAUGCCAGACCGAUUUACAAACAAUUAUCGGCGUGGCCUACAAUCAACUUAGAUGCCGAACCUGGUGUAUCACCAUUUGCUGUAAUCAAUAAAAAAGAUCAGAAUACAAAUCAACAAAUCGUAGCUACAAAACGAACUGGUGCAGAGAAAAUGAUAAGAAAAACCCGUAUUUCAUUACGUAGUGUUAAAGUAGAUGAUACACCUCCGGUACAAAGUGGUUAUUGUGAAAUAUGUCGCGUUGACUAUCAAGAUUUACCAAAACAUGUUCGUAGUGACACUCACUUAAGUUAUGUUAGAGACGAUGCUAAUUUUUUAUCAUUAGAUACGCUUAUCACAGCUGGUGCGAAUGUUGAAGCAUUCUUACGUUUAAAUGGUACAGCUGCGACGGGGGGUAAAGAAGAUGUUACAUUAAACAAUUGUACAAUGUUCAAUCGAAGGUCAUUGCGUAAGAACUUACGUAAUCAAAUUGAAAUUAAAAUCAAUGGUGAUAAUCAAUUAACACCUCCAAAGAAAGUUCCUGAUAAAUCAUCUUCAACGAUUAAUAAUGUACGAAUAACACGAUCUAGUUCAGCUUGUGAAAAAACUAUACCAGAUACGAUAGUAGCUGCGCCAAUAUCACCAGCGUUAAGUGAUGGAGUCCAUCAUUUACGUUCAAAGAAACAAUUAUGGUUACCAAGUAAUUUAUUAGGUACAACAGCUGAAGAUGAGGGCAAUCCAGUAAAACCUUCAAAAGAAGAUCGUGUUAACGAUGAAACCGAUGCUGAUGAAACCGAGGAUGACGAUGAACAACCACUUAGCAAACACUUGGUUAAAAAGACAAAAACUAAAAAAAAUUCCCAGAAAUCAUCUUCAACUAAUCGACCGAAACGUCCCACUGCCGACGAUCGCCUACUAUCGGAAAAUCGUGCUUAUUACAAAGUGGAAGUGUUAAGUUCAAAGUUACGUUCAAGUACAACUUCGGUGCAUAAAGAAACUAAAAAUAAUCGUGCUAGAACUCCAAUCAUCGAAGAAGAGGAAACCGUUAAUGGAGAUGAUGUUCAAGUACAGCGAACAUCUCCACCGGCCAAUGAUCGCCUUGUGGUUAAGUUUCGUCGAGUGCGCAAAUCAGAAUUAUCUACACUUAGUAAUGAAGCGGAAAAUUUUAUGUUUCCACGCCGUGAUUCUUCAAGUGAAAAUGAUGAUGAUGAAGAUUGUGAGACAGAUGAAGAACGGCAUACUACAGGAGGUUUUACUUCACAGGAUAUAUCAAGUGAUGUGAAGUCUAGUGAUGUGGAGAUCCUUUCAAAGUCUGAGUUGACUGACGAGGGUUCGCAAGAUUCACAGGACUGUAGCGUAAUAAGUAGCUGCGAUGAAUCAGUGCGGAGUACGGAUCGCGGUCGUGGCCGUGGUCGCAAGAAACGCCGACGGACGCACGCUGAAGUAUUUAUCCAGGAUAACGAGAAAUACUAUAAAUUUGAAACACCUGGAUCACGAUUACGCUUCCAAGGUAGUUUUCUCCCGUUAAUGACAGGACAUCAUGACAUACCUGGCGCAAAUACGACUAUAAAGACUGAACAAGAAGUGAAUGAGGAAAAACGUAAAUUUGAAUCAUCACUUAAUAGCUGUAAUACUGCGCAAAAUCCAAUGGAUCAAGUCACAUUUACAUUCGAACGGAGAUCAGAACGACUGCGUGAUAGGAUUUUUGCAAAUCGGGUAACACAAGUUGAGCGUGAUUUUAAAUUAUUUAUUGAAAUGCAUUGUCCAAAAUUUAUACCAUUACCACUCCCAUACGAAACAAAUAUUCCAUUAAUGCCAAGAGAUCCUGCUUCAUGUAAGGAACAUUUAAUUAAAUCGAUAAAAGCAUUGGAUCAACCGCCACCAACUCCACCUGUCGCUCCACAAUCAGAUAUUUCGGAAACGAAUCAUUCCGAAGUGAAUUCGAACGUCGAUGUUUUGGAUGUUAUUCACGAGGAUCAAGUUUCCAAUACUAGUAGUAAACAAUCCACGACUGAUAAGACUAAACGUAAACGAAGAUUAUUAUCGCCAGGAAAAAAUCCACGAAAAUCACCACGCCAACAUGCGUCAACUUUGGCAAUUCUUAGCGGUUUGUUACAACAACGCAGCAGACGAAAUACAAGGGAAUCCGAAGGAGAGUCAUUGCCACCAAUCAACGAACAAAAUGAAAGUUCGGUUUCAGUAUGUCCGUCGCCAAUUCCACAAGAUACACAAGAAACAUGUAAAUUUAGUUUAGAUUUAGAUAAUUUAGAAGCUAACGAUGAAGAUUUUGCGGAAAUUGAUAAUCUACAUAUAGAAUAUGAUUCUCCCGAAGAUAGUAAAACCGAAUCAGAGGACCAUAAUUUUGUUCAUAUAUUAAAUACGUAUCGUGAUUCCAAAGUUCUGGAGAUUGGCACGAAAGAAAAAUGGAGUAAAGAUUGUUUAAAGAAAAGUGGAUUAUUCCAAGGUAAUUAUUCAUUAUUCACACCAAAAGAAUUUCGUAGAAAAUGUCGUCGAAAGAAGAAUCGUACUGGAUGGCCAAAUAAACGGCGAGUAUUGUCUCGUCGUCAUUUUCCAGGUAUUCCUGAUGAAGACUCUGAUGCAACAGUGGGUGCAGUGUGUGACACAACAAGUGAUAUGUUUAAUAAUUCCUUAGAACCACAACCGGUUGAGGUACGUCGUAGGGGACGAAAAAGGAAAAAUUUAAUAUUUAAUAAAAGUGAAACGGAACGUGUGGACGUUGAAAGUAUCGAGAAUAAAGAGAACAAAACGCGUGCAGGUACGUCGCGAACUGUUCCAGGAAGUGAAACUCCUAUUAUAUCACCUAGUCGGAAUCCAUCUCGAAAUCCAUCAUCCGAUUGUUUAGGUUUUACAGCUGAAGAAUGUGCGGAAGUUGAAAAAUGGGGUGAUAAUGUUGAUAACAUUUUAAAUGCAAAAAUUGUUGAGUCGUUAUCGGCGAUUCAAAAAACUAGUGCGCGUGCGGAACUUAAAAAAUCUAUAACGGAUCGUCGUUCUAGCAUAGAAUUUCAGCCAUAUGUUAAAGUACAAAAAAUUGAUUCUCUAGAACCGUUACAUCAAACAAAAAUUGAAAAUAAUCGACGGUUACGGAGUUCAUCUUCAUCUAAUCAUCAUCAACCGAAACGUAAAAAAAUGAAAAUUGCAUCUGCAUCGUCGUCCCCACCUGUAUCACCGCGAAAAUUACGUAAACCACGGGGUCGAUGGUACCGUGAUAGAUGAGAACAGUGGCUUUGGUGUUCGUCACCAAGUGAUUCAAUUUAAAACCAUUAUGUUUAGUUUAAUUCUACAACAUGUGGCAGUGCGAUCACUUUCUUUGUAUAUUUAUUGUUCGUCCAUUUUAUUUUUUUUUAAAUUCGUUAUUUUUUGUAAAUGAAAAACAUUACAGAACUGUUUUUAAUUUGUUUUUCUGAGAAUAUUCACAGAAAAACAAGAGAUGUAUUUAAAAGUAUUACAUAAUGUUACGAUUUUUUAAACUCGUUGUACUUGUUCAUAGUUACUUUUUUUAUU